AUGCGCCUCCUCCAAUCGCUCAGGUCCUGCCAGAAGCUACUGUGCCGGAUACAAGUUCUCGUCGUCCUGGUGGUGAUAGUGAUAGAGAUCUUCAGCGUGGAGAGCUUCAGGCAGGCGAAAAACAUAUGCACCGAUCCCGGCGAAUUGGUGGUGGGCGAAUCGUACGAUUUGACAUUCAGGUGUGCCGAAAAUUCGGAGCUCGGCUGCGGAACUCCGCAAAGAAGAGCUAUUUUGCUCCGGACGCUUUUGGACUUGAACAUCACCACUCCCACCGUGCCCAACAUGAUCCUUAUCUACAGGUGCGAGAACAGCGGUUGUUGCGUAAAAGCGCACGAAGAAUGCACCAACACCAGUUCCACAAAACACAAAAUAAAUUACACAUCGAAUGGAUUUAGAGGAGUAACGACGAUCUACAACCAUACGGCCUGUUCCUGUCAGUACAUCAGAGCAACGCAGGAUUGCUUUCUAUAA